AUGGGCAAUGUCGCCAGCCGUCUCGACGAUGCGGGGAACUUGUUCUUCAAGGACCAGAAUCGCUUCUCGAUCGCAUCGGUCACCGUCAGCAACUCCCGACGUCCCCUCCUAACUCUGUCCCCGAACACGUUUCCCGCCGUGAGAUAUAUAGCGAAGCGAGACACAGGUGACGACACUCCGAUUGAAUAUAUUCAGGAUCCCGACGUACCUUCGUCUGCUCCGGUCCCGACCUUCUUGCUCCGCCUCUCGAAUGAUGAUGAGCUCAUCUUCGAUUUCACCUUCAUCCUUCGUCAGACACAGACCGGCAACAUCGCGGGUUCGACCGUCAAUGGCGUCGCGACCUCCCUCCCUGAAGUGGCCAACACCAAUCUCACUGGGCUCACUUUUGCCCACGCGUCAAACUCGAAGGAACUUGAUAAUUUGAUCACGCGAGAGUUUCACGCAAAUCCGAAUCUCCAGAACAACUCCAACGUUCAGCUCAUCGGGGACUUCUCCACCGAUGGGGCGCCCUCCGUCUCGUUUGGCUGGACCUGGAAAUGGAAACCGCCGAAGACCACGGAGGACAAGGGAGGUGGUUGGCGAAACAGCUGCAGUUUCUUAGAUUAUGACCAAAGGACCAACCGUCUGAAUACUCUCGCCCAUUUCUCCUUUUGGGUGCACAACUCCGUUCGCCUCCUGCCGAGCCCGUCGAUGUCGUCGCCGCGCCUCGAGCUACCCGUCCCUCCUCCCCGCAGUCGCAUUCCAUCGACCCAAUCCGUGAUCUCCCAAGCGAGCGACAGCGAGAAUGCCUCGAAUCAAAACCUUCCUUCCAUCACUCCGCCCGAGUCUACAGACGGUAUGCCACCGCCUCCCACUGCGCCCCCGCCACCACCUCCCGUCAAAGUGGACCUGGCGACCCGCGCCGGAGAUGAUAUGAAUGUGGAGGAUGGCCCUUUAUUCCGUGCUACAAUGAAAGCUUUGGAACAGAAAACAGGGAAUAUGCGUGCCAAAAUCAAAAAGGUCCUCAAAAAGGCAGAGGCUGCACAGUCCGCACAGUCGCACUGCAAUGAGGCGAUGGAAGGCUUCUUGGGAUCAUUGAACGAGGCCUCGACCUCGAAUGCCAAUGCCAUUCAGCCUGCGCUGGAUCACUACUUUGAAAAGAUUGCGCGCCAGAUCCAGAACUACGAACAGUUGAACACUCUUCAGCUACAAAAGCUUGUCAUUGAGCCCCUCGUCAAGCUGUAUAACAACGACAUCAAACAAGCGGAGGCAAAGAAAAAAGAAUUUGACGAGGAAAGCCGCGAUUAUUAUGCCUAUGUCAGUCGAUACCUGGGCCAGCGACAGGACUCGCUCAAGGAGAAAAAGCGCGCUGAGAGUGACUCGAAAUAUCAAGCGAAGCGUCGAAACUUUGAGCUGAGGCGCUUCGAUUACUCCUCCUUCAUGCAGGAUCUUCAUGGAGGUCGCAAAGAGCAAGAGGUGCUGUCGCAUUUGACUAAAUAUGCCGACUUCCAAGCCAAGAAUUUCUUGGCGGCUGCCAAGAAGAUCGAAGAAAUGGUCCCUCAGUUGGACGCUCUGAUCCAUGAGGUUAAUCGGGCAGACAAGGAGUUCCAAUUCAAGCGGACUGAACGUGAAGAGAUCCGCAGAGCGUUGGAAAAGAACAGCAAUCCCUACCUGGAACCUGAGGUUGUGGCUGGUGCUUCUGGCAUGGCAUCUACAUCUACCGGGGCUGCCAACGGUGGUGCCUCGAACGAGACUGAGCUGGGUCGAGCUGAUAGCACCGGCUCCCAACUACGCGGUGUAAUCAGCAACAGCUCGUCGGUCUCAUCCCAGGCAAACGCCGGAUCAGUCAGCUCGGCUGCCGGCAUAUCUGCUCCUACUGGCGGCACUGGUUCUGCCGGCGCAUCGGGACAAAACCGUUUCAAGGGAAUUCGUGACCUCGAAGAGCCAGCUGUCCCAGGAGCCGAUCGCACUGCUGGUCAACAGCGGAAAGAGGGGCUCCUGUGGGCACUAUCACGGCCGGGUUCACACAUUGAUCCUAAGGGCAUCAAUAAGCAAGCAUGGCACAAAUUCUGGAUCGUAUUGGAUCAGGGAAAACUCUCGGAAUACAGCAACUGGAAACAAAAGCUGGAUCUGCAUAUGGAACCCAUUGAUCUUCGAAUGGCAUCGGUCCGUGAAGCUCGUAACGCAGAGCGACGCUUUUGUUUUGAGGUCAUCACUCCUCAGUUCAAGCGCAUCUACCAGGCGACUUCGGAAGAAGACAUGGCAACUUGGAUCCGAUCCAUUAAUAAUGCUCUUCAAAGUGCGGUCGAAGGCCGCGGCAUGCCGCAAGCACCACCUGUCUCGUCAUCCGGAAAGUUGUCGACUGGUCGUGACAUUGGCUCAGUACUUACUGGGAAAAGCUCCUCGGUUUCAGGCCACCAUGGGUACUCGAAUAGCUCCAGUCAAGCGAGCGGCGUCAACCGUCGCACUACGGUUGGAGCGAGACCGAGCUACGUUCGCCAUGAUAGCAACAGCUACGAGGAGAAUCCGGCACGACUCCUCCAAGUCGUGCGCGAUGCCGAUGAAGGGAACAACUGGUGCGCAGACUGUGGAUCCUCUUCCAAAGUCGAAUGGGUCUCAAUCAAUCUCGGAAUUGUACUAUGCAUCGAGUGCAGUGGCAUUCACCGGUCACUUGGUACGCAUAUUUCUAAGAUCCGUUCUCUCACGCUGGAUGUGCAUUCCUUCUCAAACGACAUCGUUGAGAUUCUCCUGCAAAUCGGCAAUCGGGUCAGCAACAUGAUCUGGGAAGCAACACUCGACCAGUCCACAAGACCAACCGCCGGUUCUAGCCGCGAGGAGCGAUUGAGAUUCAUCACAGCAAAAUAUGUCGAUCGAGCCUACGUCGAAGGACUUCCAUCUCCACGUUCCCGCUUCGCAACUCCUGACGAAACCCUCCUCGCUUCAAUCAAAAAGAAUGACAUCCAAGGCGUUCUCUACGGAAUUGCUCUCCGCGCCAACGUCAAUGUUCCAGAUCGUUCACGCAGUACUCCCGCCAUCUUCCUCGCGUUGGCCGCUACCGACCCCGCCUCCCCCGGACCAGCAUCUACUCCAACGUCUCUCUCCGCCCGAUCAAGCACAAAAGCAAUCCCCUUCCCCAUGGCCGAACUGCUGGUUCAGAACGGCGCGGAGAUUCCUCCCCAGCCUCCCUCCAUCCCUCUUUCUCCCGCAGCACAGCUCUACCUCAGUCAGCGUGUGACUCGGAAUGCAGGAUUCAGCGCUCCUGCUCCUCCCGCUCCGCCUUCUGUUCCUGUAAGACCCGCUCCGAAUGACACACUCGGCUCGCUGCCCACUAUUCGCUCGGCGAGUAAGGAUUCUUCGUCUUCGUCUGCUUCGCAAGCCCCGGGUAACUUGGAUAAAGAAAAGGAGAAGCUGUCUAAGCGUGGGAGUGCUGGUGCUCGGUUCGCGGGUAAGGUUGCGUCUCUGGGAAUUGACAGGUGA